AUGUGGUUCGCUCAGUGGGCUGCCUCCGCCCUGGCUUUGGCCUCGGUAACGGCGGCAGACACCAAGUAUUGGCAAGACAAUACUGAUGUGAAGAUGCUUCCACCCUAUCUAGAUUCCGACAUGCAUAGUCGAUGGUGGGAUUUUGGCGGCGAUACUGUUAUUCGUACAGAUCAAUACGUCCGCCUCACAUCCGAACGACAGUCUCAGCAAGGCUGGAUAUUCUCCCGCGUCCCUCUAACCGCCACCAAUUGGGAGAUCGAAUUCGAAUUCAAGAUCAGCGGAUCAGGCCACUUCCACGGCGAUGGAUUUGCGCUCUGGCUCACCAAGAACCGUGCCACACCCGGUCCCGUAUUUGGAUCAGCAGACAAAUUCGAAGGUCUAGGUAUCUUCUUCGAUACCUACAAGAACAAUCGCCCCGGUACCUCGUUCCCGUACGUCAUGGCCAUGAUGGGUGAUGGGCAGACGACGUAUGACCAGGACCAUGACGGAAAAGCUAACGAGUUGGCUGGGUGCUCUGCCCGCGGUCUCCGAGACGCCGCAGUCCCCACAAAAGCGCGCCUAACCUACUUCCAAGACCGAUCUCUCACACUCGACCUCCAAUACAAAUCUGACGGCGCAUGGACCGAAUGCUUCUCUCUCAGCGCAUCAGAUACCAACAUCGCAAUCCCCGCAGUGACAUACCUCGGCUUUUCCGGCGAGACCGGUGAAGUCACUGACAAACACGACAUUAUCUCCGUGACUACGCACAACCUGUACGACUCAAGCACCUCUGCGAGCCGGAACAGGGGCGGCGCAUCUCCCAGCCGUGGACGCGGUGGUAGAGGCAGGAAGAAGGCUACUUCUUCCGGUGGCUGGUUGUGGUUCUUUUUCAAGAUUUUCUUGUUCUUGGGCGCUGUCGGUGGAGCCUAUGUGGGCUAUACGAUUUAUCGGUCUAGCCAGAGACAAUCUCGCUUUUAA